GUCAACUUGUCAGCACUGCCAAUAGCUGCCAAAAACAUAUGUGCGCAUUUAAUUUAAAUUGGCCCAACUUUUUAAAAUACGUGAAGCAAAGCUUUUAAUUUGAUAAUUUCGAUGAAAUUUUGCUUUGGAUUGUGUAUCGUACAGACUUAAAAUUUAGCAAGCAAAAACCGCAAAUUUUAAAUCAGCCUACAUUGUAAAUCUAACCUCAACCUUCCGCUGGUUGAAAACUAUCGCGCUUGCACGCCUUUGAAUUUAAUACGGAUUGCGAUUAACGUUUGGUGAUAAAAUGUCUAUCGCAGUGGAAUGCAAAAAACUGUGCUUAUUCCGCUGUAUGCUCGCACUAACAAAUAGUAUUACUAUGCAAUGCCUGUUGCUUGGUAUCUUCCUUUUGUUCAUCAACUUCCAGGUGCUGCAUCCUGUGCGUUGGAUAAGUGAGACGAUAAGCUUACUUUUUUCGCUCUACACUUGGUUAAGCAUUUUACCACUAAAUGGAGCAGUUGUGCUAUAUGGCAUACUGUUGGGAAAAUCCUUUCUUUCCGUGAAACGCUACUACCCUACAAGAUUCCAAUGGUUAGUAUAUACAGCGCCACGCAAAGUUUUGUUCCUCGUACUACAUCUUCUCAUUGGUUACUUGAACGCAUGGUUGUAUUCUAAUUUUUGGCAUGUGGAUUACCGUAAUAUUCAAAGCGAUUGCUAUGGCACAAAGUGUAUCAACGGACGUUAUGUGUUUCUCUUAUGUAUUGGGUUUUUUGCUGCGUGUCUACAUUUUACCCGAGAGAAUUUGCGUACUGAUCCCGAGUUGGAAUUCCCCAUUGAUCAGGAGUUAGCGGUGAUUCGGAUUCGUUCGUUAAUGUAUAGGACGCUUUAUAAUUCACUAUUGGCAUCAAUUAUACCUACAAUAUGUUUUGGACUCGUUUUUUGGCUACUCGGAGGAAUAAUUACUCGUUAUUUUGCUAGUGUGUUCAGCUUAGAUGUUGAUGAAAGUACGCUGACAUUCUUCGCAAUUGCUGGAAAUGUGCGCUUACUAUUUUAUGGUUGGAUAUUAACAGCGCAAAUACUAAGUAAUAUGCAUCUCAUGCAAAAUUUCUUCGCCAUACAUCUUUCGGAGGAGGUAUCUUUUGCGAUUGAGCGCAAACCAGUUUUGUGCGGUAUGGAUGCUGAAGAAGUAACAUUGGUUGAUGCACUCAAUUGUUCCAUAGUACCGAUCGUGCAAAGUUUAGGCGCACGAGACUUAUAUAAUAUAGCCAUUAAUAAUGCAGAAUCAAGGCGGAAGGAAAUUUUUGCGCUUUCAGUACCAGGUGCCCAUCCAUACAAUUGGACUCAAUUGUCUGCACAGUGCUUAAGUCUAAUUAAUGCAUUUACCGAGGAACUAGCGGCAUCACUCAAAAAAAUUUCUGUCGUUAAAACAACGCCACUUUUUGCUACUGUUAAGCCCACAACUGCAACCGAAGCUGCUGAGAAAAUAUUAUUGCGUCAAUAUAAUGAGACCUAUGGUAUUAGGCGUAUGAUGACGGAAAAGUGCGCAGAAAACACCGAAACCACCAAAACUAUGUCGCCUGCUUGCAAGCGUAUACACGAUCAGAUAGAGAAAAUGAAAAAACAAUUCGAACAAACAUGGCGUGCUAUUUUCCGUGCAAUACCCGGUCUCUUUUAUAUGUUUGGCGAACCUGAUGGCGCUAAAACCGCUUUUCUACUUUCCAACUCAGACACAAUUUUAAAGGUAGUACAAGGUUUGGCUGGCAUUUGUGCAGCCUCACUGAACGAAGACAAAUAUGGCGUGGUGCAGGUGACACUACCACAAAUAAUUAAAACUUUGCUAACACUGAAAACCGAAUUGGAUAAAUUGAACAAUGUAAACUUGAAUGGCAAAAAAUUAGAUCGCAAUUACAUCACACUCAAAAACGGUGUAAAACGUAGUUUGUACAAUAUCUGCACAGUUUUUCGAGACUAUUUACCAGAUCUCGUUGAUAGUCGCGAGGAUCUACGAAAACUGCACUGCUAUGUUAAUUAUGUGGAGACUUAAAUUAAGUGGCUAAAUAAGCUGAGUGCUUGAAAAUUAGAUUUAGACCAAGGUGAACUGAAAAUUUAAUUUUUUAUUUUGAGUAUUUAUUAAAUCAUAACCUUAAAAUAAAAUUAAGUGUAUUAAGUGCUGUAAAAGCAAGCUUUGAUAAAGUUAUUUUUGUAAUGCAAAUGUAUCAUUAAAUAAAAAAAAAUUAGUUGUCCAUAUACUA